AUGGAGGCAUCUUAUGCCCUCCUGAUUGGAUUAUUAGCCGUUACAACUCCCUUAAGUUAUGUAAAGGCAGCAGCAGCUGGAACUGGAUUGGAUCUAGGACUAAUAUCCUUGCCGGCAAACGGCCAGGCCUGUCAAUGCUCCUUGACGAUGUCCUGCAGUUGUUGCCAGAGUGUAACUGUGAAUCUGAUGAACGAAACUAGUACUCUUUGCCUCACAGUGAAAAUCGGCUUAAGCAGUGGAUCAAUUGAUUUGGGAGCCACAAUGGAUGGAAAUUCAGUGGCCGCCAUUGCCAUUAGCACCUCCAAGCCACCCCAGUUUUGCAUUCCGGUGAUAUCGAUGGCUUCCCUGGACAUUUGCCUCAAAGUAAACAUCAAGAUGGCAGGACUCGCAGCCAAGGCCUGUCCCACCUUCUAUACCGACUUCUCCAGCAGUCAAGUGGUAACCUACGAUUUCCCCUGCAUUCAAGUUGGCUUGGAUGGCGUUAGCCUGGUUUAA